AUGAUUAGUGGCAAUCACUUCCAUGUCUUGGAGAAUGACUUGAAAUUGAUGGCAAAAAUAUCACAACAACACAACACUUUUGGCACUGAAUCCGAUUUGCGCAAAUUCGACCUAGAUCACCAUAACUACCACAUCAACAUCACCACUUUCACUGACACUGAAUUACAUCGAAUCACUAAUACCCUAGUUAAGAUUUGGAUUAACUGA